UUCGCGGGACGACGUUUGGCGCUAAAAAGUACGCUGUUCUACCCCAGUUUGUGCCUGUUUGUGUGGAGAGCGGAGCUCCGCGGUGGACGCACGCAAGUCACAAUCCGGUUCAUGAUUCCGCAUCGGAGGGGCUCACAGUAGGUUGUAAAUCUCCACAGCUGAAACCCGAUUUCAGCGAAACCCGGGAGCCUUGUUGUAUUGGACUUUAAAAUACUAAAGUUUAAAAAGUUAUUUAUUUAAUCAGGCAGCGGCAGUUGGAAGCCAAGUUUCCGCUGCACUUUGUUACGGGACAAAGUUUACUCAGGAACAUGAUGCGGAUGCCUAAAGGCGUCUCUCCGGCAUCGGGUCGGCCAACAGCGGGACUGUCUGGCUCUCAGCAGAAGAUGGUGUUGCCCGCAGCAGUGAAGACCGAGUUCUUCAGCACCGGACUGUCCAGCCCACCGAUGAGCACGAUACCAACCGGCUAUUUCACCCAGAUCUGCAACACCGCCGCGGCCGAACAAAGAGCCAACAGCCUGUAUUCAACCCCCCACGGACCAGAUGCAGAACCCAUCAGAUCGUCCUCCGGGCGACUGCCGGCUAAAAGGAAGCUGGAUCUAGAGGACCCUCUUUACCUCCCAGAGUUCCGCACACCAAAAGGCAAAGGCAGUAUCGCAGCAAGGAUACCAAGUCCAAGGACUCCAAAGUCUCCAGGUGAACGAACACGGUAUGACACCUCACUGGGUCUUCUGACCAAGAAAUUUGUGGGUCUGAUCGCCGAGUCUCCCGACGGAGUUCUUGACCUGAACUGGGCCACUGAGGUUCUGGAGGUUCAGAAGAGACGCAUCUAUGAUAUCACCAAUGUCCUGGAGGGAGUCCAACUGAUUAGAAAAAAAUCAAAGAACAACAUCCAGUGGCUUGUUGGAGAUGUAUUUGAGGGCAGUGCAGCUGAGGGAGAGAAGGCUUGUGCACUGAGGAAAGAGCUGGGAGACUUGGAGAGAGCAGAGAGACGUCUGGAUGAACUGAUUCACUCCAGCACCACACAGCUCAAACAGCUCACUGAGUACAAAGAGAGUCAGAGGUUGGGUUAUGUAACGUACCAGGACAUCCGCUCAAUUGGCAGUCUCAGAGACCAGACAGUCAUUGCUGUCAAGGCUCCUGCCGAGACCAAGCUCGAGGUGCCAGACACAGCAGGGGGGUCGUUACAGAUCUAUUUAAAGAGUAAGAACGGCCCCAUUGAGGUCUACCUCUGUCCAGAGGAAGGUCUUGAAGAUGCUAGCCCAAUCAAGAGCGCUGCAACCCCUAAAAAGGAGUUUCCUCCACCCCCCUGCCCUCUCACUGCAACCCCAACAGCACCACCAAGUUACUGCAUCAAAGAGGAGCCUGCUGACUCCAACAUGUCUGCAGCAGCUCCAGCUGCCUCCUCAACUGCAGCAUCCAGGUCCUCUCUGCUUGAUGUAGAAGGUCUGCUGGGUUUGCCCCCCAGCCUGCUCCAGAUGACAGAGGACCAGCUUCCUGGCACCUCAUUCAUCUCUGAUCCCAAUAACCAGUUCGUCAGUUUCUCGCCACCCUUGGACCAUGACGACUACCUCUGGAGCCUGGAGGAUGGCGAGGGAGUGUCAGAUUGCUUUGACACCUAUGAUCUUGGGGAUUUGUUGAAGAGCUGAGGUACAGGUGAAGGAAGGAGAAAAUUUAGAGGAAAGAGAGGGCAAUGUUGAAUUGAAAGCCUUCUCUAGGAAACAUUACACUAUGAAACCAUUACUCUCUGGGUUUGCCACGCCUGCUUUUAUGCCAUUGAAUCCAAAGGAGGCUUUUUACCUCCUUUGUUUAUUUGUAGUAAAGUAAAAAAUCACAUAUUGUACAUAUUAUUAUAAAAUGAGCAGACUGUGGGGAUGGCUGUGAUCUCUUAUUGUAAGGAAACCAUUAAAAAGCAGGGGUUGUUUUGGACUUUA